UUCUAUCUCUUUCAGCAAACUUCAUUGCCACCCAGGCUACGAGCAAAAAUAAUCCCUAAAAAAUCACAUAAACAAUUUUUUUCGCUUUCGAUCUGCUGCUCUCUACCGUCUCUGAUCCCUAAUUUCACAACUAUUCUGUCAGCUUGGGAUGGCAUCAGUUUCCAGCCAGCCACAGUUCCGGUACACCCAAACUCCAUCCAAGGUUCUCCAUUUAAGGAAUUUACCAUGGGAAUGUACUGAAGAGGAAUUGGUCGAGCUGGGGAAGCCAUUUGGGAAGGUUGUCAACACAAAGUGUAAUGUUGGAGCAAAUAGGAACCAGGCUUUUAUUGAGUUUGCAGAACUAAAUCAAGCUAUUGCUAUGAUAUCAUAUUGUGCAUCAUCGUCUGAGCCGCCUCAGGUACGAGGGAAAACCGUCUACCUACAAUAUUCAAACAGGCAAGAAAUAGUGAACAACAAAACUACUGCAGAUGUUGCUGGAAAUGUACUCUUGGUAACAAUUGAGGGAGAUGAUGCACGUCUUGUUAGUAUUGAUGUCCUACACUUGGUAUUUUCAGCCUUUGGGUUUGUUUAUAAAAUUACUACCUUUGAGAAGACUGCUGGGUUCCAGGCUCUGGUGCAAUUUUCAGAUUCAGAGACUGCCUCUGCUGCCAAAGAUGCUCUUGAUGGGAGAAGCAUUCCAAGGUAUUUGAUUCCAGAGCUCGGACCAUGUUCUCUUAGGAUAACAUAUUCUGCGCAUACAGACUUGAGUGUAAAAUUCCAGAGCCACCGUAGUAGGGACUAUACCAAUCCUAUGCUCCCGGUUGCUUCAUCAGCUAUAGAUGCAAGUGGACAGUUUAGUCUAGGAGUUGAUGGGAAAAAAAUGGAGCCUGAGAGCAAUGUUCUACUUGCUUCCAUUGAAAACAUGCAAUAUGCAGUUACCUUGGAUGUUUUACAAACGGUCUUUUCAUCGUUUGGACCUGUCCUAAAAAUUGCCACGUUUGAUAAAAAUGGCGGUCUUCAAGCAUUGAUCCAGUAUCCAGAUGUCCAGACUGCUGUUGUUGCAAAGGAGGCUUUAGAAGGACAUUGCAUAUAUGAUGGAGGAUACUGUAAGCUUCAUAUCUCAUAUUCUCGCCACACUGAUCUGAGUAUAAAGGUUAAUAAUGAUAGAAGCAGAGACUACACCAUCCCAAAUACUCCAGUUCUAAAUUCUCAACCCCCAACUUUAGGACAACAACCAUAUUCUGGAGGCCCAGGCUUUCCUACUUACAAUGGUACGCAAUAUGCUCCUGGUCCUGAUACUCAUGCAGCGCCGCCGCCUCAUUCAACAGGCUGGAACCCAGCGAUGCCUCAGCAAAUGCAUAAUUACCAUUAUGGAGCCCCCCCGUCAAUGGGUCCUGGGGCAGUACCAUCUCACUUGCAAAAUGGGCAACCACACUCGGCUCCGAUGCACCCUUAUCGUCAUUAAUAGCACAGUUAUGAAAUCAUGGUGCAAAGUCAGAAGCCCCAGUCCCUGUUUCACUGGACAUGGAACUACUUCGUCGGUUAAUGGUACUGCUGUUUUGCACAUCCAUAUCGUCUUAAGUCGAUUUAUAAAAAAUUCAGGAUUCUGGUAGCCAAGGUUGUGCCUCCCUCCUAAAUGGGCGGUGUUCCAUGAAAUGUUGACUUAUCUUCUUUUGAGUUUUGUCGUCAUUUGUGUUGUAAUUUCUAUUGCUGUACCGUACGUACAUCAUAGCUUAACUGAAUAGCAUAAACUUCAAAAGAGCAAGGUGCAACCGUGUGCAGUUUGCGGCUUCGAUGUGUGCUUA